UGUUUGUGCAGCACAAGACUCCCGGAGCUCGCUAUCGUUGCCUUCUCGCCAUUCUUGCUUUCUCGACCUCCUCGACAUGCGCGGGACGACGGCUGCAUAACGAUGCGGCUUCAAUAGCACUGCCGCCACCACCUUCGCCGCGUGAGGUCCACAAUGAGCGGUCUCGUGAAGAAGGUACCGAACCCCGAGAAGGGCGCGCGCUAUGUUGGCCUGUUGGAUGCGGCGCUGUGCAAUGGCAGCUGGGACGAGGUGCCCGAGCUGGCGCGCAAGGUAGAGAAGCAUGCGCCGCAGCGGAAAUGUCUCACCCUUGCCGCUCGCACAGAAGCACAAGCUGCUUCUGCCUCUCGUCGACCCACCUCUGCCUCUUCGACAACGGCGACCAGCAUCCACGGCCUGAGCGAAGCCGUUCCGAACCUCCUCGAAGCGAUAUCGACAGCAGAAGCCGAACAUCCCGAUGAUGCCUUCGUUGCCCGCGCAUGCUUAGCACAGAUACAUUGGAUCCAAGAGGCUCCGCUAGAGGCUCUGCAAGCUCUCCCAGCUGCUUCGGUGUCUACAGUAGCCUCGCGCGAUGCAGAGAAGGGUGGACCAGCUACCCUUGGCUGGCUGGAGGUAUGCGAGGUCAAAGCAGCUUAUAUCAGGGCGGCUUGUCUGGAUGCAAGUGGCAGUCAGCCCGAAGCAAGAGAGAGCUAUCAGGCUGCUGUUUCUCGGACUCCGGGCUACAGAACACCAGAGCUACGCAGGUGGACUGAGAGGCUGCUUGGAAGAGCAUGCGUAUACACUGUCAAGAAGCUUCCUUCACCUUCAAUACGCGACCUCAGCGAAACAUACUCUGCCUUCAAAGCGUGGGGAGAGUUCUGGCAGAGAGCUGCAUCCUCUCCUUCAUCCGAUCCUUCUGGAAACGUUCUGGAUGUGUCCCGGCGGCAAGUAUGGAAGGCGUACUAUGACUUGCUCUCCACCGUUCUGCAGCAUGACCUGAUUUACAGCCCAUAUUCAAAUUCGCCCUCUGACGCUUUUAUUUUCUCAAACACCAUACUACCCCAAGAACAGCGAACGACAGUGAAACAACGACAGCGCUCCGAGAUGUGUCGAGUCGAGACGGUCUACGAAUCACUCCUGCUCGAGGAAACCAAAUUCCCUAAGGCUAGCCAGUCGAACAGCGAGGUAGAGGAGUGGACUACGCAAGUUGUCUCGAAUUGGCGUCACUUUACCGGCUUGGAAUGGACGGAUUCUGAUCUGGGUGAAGGAGGCAGAAAUGCUGUCUCGCGGGCCACUCUGGACAUUCUCUAUCGGGCGGCAACGAAGACGUUCCACUCAACCCCGAUUCUCAGGCAGCUGUUUACGGUGCAUGCUGCAUUGGGCGAGUUUGAUUUGGCCAUGCACGCCUUUCACAGCUACGUGGAGAUCAUCGACAAAGCCAAGGCGCGAGCUGAGAAGACUGGGAAGCAACAAAUUGGCUCCGAUGACAACGAUACUGCAAUGCUCCUCGCCGCUGAUGCUGUCCGACUACUGUGCAGAUAUGGCGACCGAGACCAGGCCGAAAAAGCCAACGAGGUCAGCAGCAUCAUAGUCAGAUGGCUAGCCCAGCUGCAGCCAACUACAGGCGGAACCACUCUCAUCAAUGGCAAUGGCGGUGGUCACAACAGACAGACUUCUCAAUCCGUGGAGUCGGUCCUGAAACCGGAGACUCUGGCAACUGCAUACCGAGCUAUGGGCUUAAGCAAAGCGCACUGGGCCUACCUCACCUACGAGUCUGCUGAAAGAACUUCUUUGCUCAACACUGCAGUGGAGCAUCUUCGACAUGCUCAGAAGCUGGACCCGACCAGCAUCGACACUGCUCAUGCCUUAGCGCUCGUGCUGGCCGAGACGCGCGAUGUACCAGCGGCUGUCGAGGUCGUUCGUAGUGCCUUGAACGGUUCAGUCAUGCUUAAAGGGCAGGCAGCAACACAGCAACACCAUGAACGAGAACGUCGGCUCUUGUCGCUUUGGCAUCUGCUUGCGUUGUGUCUGUCGGCGCAAGACAAAUUCGAUGUGGCAGCGCAGAUCUGUGAUGCCGCCUACAAGCAAUUUGGCAAUUCCUCAGUGCUCUUCGGUGAGGCUCCCAAGCAGCAGUCACUGGAUCCGGAGAAAUCUACAACGUUGUCUCGUGCUACGCCGGGCAUUGUUGACCAAAUGGAAGGUUCAGAGAAAGAGAGUAUCCUGCAGAUCCGGAUGACCCACAUCCAUUUGAUUGAACUAAUGGACGGCUCGGAUGCUGCUGUCGAUCUCACUGACAGUCUGCUUGGACUCUAUUCUAGAUUGUUUGGCAAUCCAGAGCAUGUCAGGAUCGCCGAGAGCCGGCCACCUAAAACAGCAGCAACAGCGACCCCGUCGCGUCUUGGCGGCACGCUACGCAGCAUUACAGGAAGCAUUCGGCCGAGAUCAGCCAGAUCACGACGCAGUAGCAGUGCUGGCAAGACCACUGUGAGGCAGCGGUCUCUCACGUCAACAGAGAGUGCAGGGGAUCUUCGGCCAUCGACAAACGCGCAAAGUAUAGGUCCACCUAUAUCCAUCACGGUCACGAAUGAAGACGGGAGUCCGUCGAGCAAAAGACACCACCAUGGCCAUCUCCAUUUGCCAUUCCACAGGCACCAACACAAUGGCACAUCAGCUAGAACUUCGGCUACUAGUGUCGCUGAGGUGAAAGAGAAUGUCAAACCAACCGAGCACAACGCGGUGGCAGCGCAGGUGGCCCAGGAAUCCAAUGCUAGCCCACAGCAGCCUCUGAAAGAAAUGGAGCACAAUGCAGCGCAUGGAGAGCUGCCGCCACCCCCUGGACACGACGAACAACCACCUGUUCAAGACGUUCGAUUGCCAACGCCACACCCAGCUUCUGCUUCCACCCUACCAGAGUCACAUCUACUGCCGAUGCACGAGCGACGGCAAAAGGUAGGGGUUCUGAUCAAGACGUGGCUGUUUGUUGCAGGUCUGUACCUUCGAGCAGACUCAGCUGAGGAUGCCGAGAAUGCGGUUGAACGUGCCUCGAAGCUCGUCGAAUCAUUGGAAGUCGAGAUUGGGAGCGGUGCAGACGGUAUCAACGCACAACGCUUGUUCGAGAAAGGUUGGGGGAGUAGUAAAAGCAUAGACGAGUUGUGGGCCGACGUCUGGUCCGCUAAAGCACAUAUUGCCUCGUCUCGCCAACAACCCUUUGAAGCCAUCGCCGCGUUUGAGCAAGCCCUCUCGUACUAUCCUGACCACAGUGCAGGCAUCAUCGGCUUGUCGAGCCUUCUGCUGGAUAUCUACGAGCAGAAUAUUCCUGCCGAAGAGCCUCUUCCCACCCCACAGCCUGCUGCCACAACUUCAGGUUCUCUGAUCAACGAAGCACAGCCUUCUUUGACGCGGCCCAACACCGCCACAUCGACAGAUCCUUCGCGACGACCUUCUCUAGUCAGUGAUGGACGGCCUCAGAAGAUCGCGCUCCGGAAGAAGGACCCUACGCCUGCAGAGCUCAAUCGUCUGGCUGCUCGCGACCGAGCUUACAUGUUGCUGUCCAACUUGACGAAGCUAGGGACCGGCUGGGAUGAUUCGGAGGCUUGGUCUAUGCUUGCUAGAGCACAUGAGCUCAGCAGAGAAAUUGGUAAGGCCAAGCAGGCGCUGUGGUGGGUUGUAGAGCUUGAAGAUAGCAAGCCAGUGAGGCCGUGGAGGGAAGUUAGUCCGGGAGGAUAUACCCUUUGAGUGAAGGCAUCAACAUGGUAUAAUUCGGUGGAUGGUCGCGCUUCCUGAGUUGUACAUAUCACAUCAUCCGUCAUCAAUACCCAGCAUAGACUAAGGCAUUGUAGUUUUGUCUUUCCAAAAUUUCAGUUCCUUCCUACAGCA